CUUGUGGCUCAAGUCCUGGAACAUAAAGAUAUAGGCUUUGUGAUGGUCGAUGCCAAGAAAGAAGCCAAGCUUGCCAAGAAACUGGGUUUCCAUGAAGAAGGAAGCCUGUACAUUCUUAAGGGCGAUCGCACAAUUGAGUUUGAUGGCGAGUUUGCAGCUGAUGUCCUGGUGGAGUUUCUCUUGGACCUAAUUGAAGAUCCAGUGGAGGUCAUCGGCAGCAAACUGGAAGUCCAAGCUUUUGAACGCAUUGAGGACCACAUCAAACUCAUUGGUUUUUUCAAGAGCGAAGACUCAGAAUAUUACAAGGCUUUUGAAGAGGCAGCUGAGCACUUCCAGCCUUACAUCAAGUUUUUCGCGACCUUCGACAAAGGGGUUGCGAAGAAGUUGUCCUUGAAGAUGAAUGAGGUUGACUUCUACGAGCCAUUUAUGGACGAGCCCAUUGCCAUCCCUGACAAACCUUACACAGAAGAAGAGCUCGUGGAGUUUAUAAAGGAGCACCAGAGACCCACCCUCCGCCGCCUGCGCCCAGAAGAUAUGUUUGAAACAUGGAGGCUGGAAGGAAACAGCCAAGCCGACAGCGUCUGGAUGGAGAUUCCUGAUGACGACGACCUGCCCACGGCCGGGGACCUGGAGGACUGGAUUGAGGACGUGCUUUCUGGAAAGAUAAACACCGAGGAAGACGACAAGGAAGAUGAUGAUGAUGACGAUGACGACGACGACGAUGGCGACAGUGAUAAUUCUGAUGAGGAGGAGAAUGAUGACAGUGACGAUGAUGAUGACUAGCUCCGGCUCCACCUGGUUUUGAUGAAAACAGAAUCCCGGCUCCCCCCUUCCACACGGCCAGCACCAGGUGGCAGCCAGCAGCCCCGGCCACGCCCAGCCACUCCUCUCCCGGCAUCUCUUCCCACCCCUUCCCAUCAGGAGCUGUACCAUUCAGCACAUGCACAUGCCUUUCUAAAUCCAGUCGCCCCGCUCGGCAAGGACAGGGGGGAACCGUUCCCCUGUGGAUGGUCCUGACCGUCACGGGAAAGCUCUGCUCUCUGUCCGGCCAUCCGUGGCCAUGACAGCGCUGGACUCUGGGUGGUCCAGGGAGAGCCCUCCCCUGACACCGAUACUCAAGUUUACUUGUGUCCUCUGACUCCGACAGGGACAGAAUGGACAGCUUGCUAAUUCGCCAACACGCAGCGGCCGUAUCAUCAUCAGAGCCCGGGGAAGACACAUAAUUAAUCCUGUGGCCCGUGCCUGGCACAUCGGUGAGACCCUCGUAGGGGAGGCUCAGCCUUGGAGACAGGCUUAUGAGGCAGCUUCUCUUGGCUCUAUGAAGCUUAUUCUUCAAGUGAAGGUCAGACCAUGA